GCACUCGAUUAUGUCACAGAACACUGAGAAGAUUUUUUUUUCGCUUUCGUUUCGUUUUUUCAAAAUUUUGAGAGGUUAGAACGAUUUUUCGGAUUUAUUUGCGGUUAGUUAUAUUAAAUAACAACCAUGGUAAAGAUAUUUGUUGGAAAUAUUGCCGACGGUGUUACGACGGAGGAAAUGCGUGAUUUGUUUGAACAGUACGGAAAUGUUACAGAGUGUGAUGUCCUGGGAACUUACGGAUUCGUUCAUCUUGCUACCGAUGCUGAAGCAGAACACGCAAUCAAAAACCUGGAUAAGAGAGAUGUAAAAGGUCAGCAAAUCAAUGUUGAAAAAAGUAAAAGUGGAUCAAGAGGUCGAGACAGGGGAGGGAGUGGUUUUCGUGGCGGAAGAGGAGGCAUGCGAGGCAGUUUCGGAUACGGAGGCGGAUACGCGCCAAUGGUUGAUAAUUCGGCGACCGCAAAAUCGGCGCGUCGAGCGGGUUGCACAAAGCUGCAUGUUGCCAAUCUACCAGACGGGGUGUAUUCGGGCGAACUUCGCGACUUAUUUUCACGAUACGGUUACGUUGCGGAGUGCGACGUUGUGGAAGACAGAAAAAUCGCUUUUGUUCACAUCGAAGAUGCAGCUGCUGAUGCUGCCAUUCAUGCAUUGAAUGGCCACAAUUUUAAGGGCAUUCCUUUAAAAGUACAAAUGUCAAAAAAUCAAACUCGUGAUUUGGGUCCGCCUGGCUCUGGUAUGAGGGGCGGCAGCCGGGGAGGGCUUGGUCCACGUGGAGGCCGAGGGGGUAUGAUGGGUCGUGGACGCCCAGACUAUCCUUCUAUAGCUCGGGGUUUUGGUAGGGAGCGGGGUAAUGGGAUGGGGCAUGAUGGGUAUGGUUCCAAUGGGGAUUCUGGGUUUGGCUCUGAGUCUGCUUUGCCACCACCUGUUAAAGAUAGAAUGGAGUUAUUAGAGCUGUUAGAUCGUAAACGGCGUUUAGAGAUCCUUGACCCUUAUGAAAGGCGUCUUAUUGCAUGUCCUGAUCCUUAUAACUUGCCACCCCCACCCCCGGAGUAUUUAAGCUUGCUCCGUGAACGCGCCAUGGUUNNNNUACGGCUGCCACACCCACCAGCAUCAGGAUCGGCAUUGAGUCGUAGCUUGCCAACUGCUGGCAGUGCAAAGUCAUCAAGCGCAUUAACAAGAGCUCUUAUUGCGAGAAGAGCUGCUGUAGCCGCAGCAUCGGUAAAAGAUGAACCACACAGCUCAAGCCUUGGCUUGGGUUCAUAUGGUGAGACAAAAGCUUCACCCUCGUUCUCAUACAGCUCUGAUCUGUACAGCCAAAAUGCUCAUGCCCGUGACUAUUGAGCUGAUCAGCUAAACAUUUUACCACCCAUGUUCAGAUGACUGCCACACUAAUUGUUACUAUAAAUAAAAAAAAAUGUUUUUAACUUCGACACAAGUUCUUCUCUCUUAUUUCGUGUCCCUGAUUUUGUAUUUUUGUAUAAACUGCAGUCUCAAGAAUACAUAGUAAUUGGCGCUAAACAAUUGCGUGACUAAUUUAACUAACUGAUGUCAAUAUUAUGUACAUAAAGCAAUGUUCGUCUGGAUUUAAGUUUUAUUAAAUUCGCUGUCACCUAA